AUGUCAACCCAGGUAACUUUUCUUAAUCUGGGCUGCUCCCUCGAUUAUCAGUUCUCACCGCAAUCCCAUUGUUUACAUGUGGCUGUUGAGAUCACUGUAGCAACAUCAGCUGAGGUUGUAGGUUCAGUUGAUGACCUUUUGAUACAAAUCUUGCUACCAUUACCUGUAAAAUCACUGAUGCGGUUCAAUCUAGUAUCCAAAGACUGGAGAUCUUUAAUCACUAUGGGAUUGUUCUUUCGUGGCCGCAAGUUCACUGAUUUUGAGUACAUUCAUUUAGGUGCAAGAAAUCAGACAAAGGGCCCGUUCAGGGAAUUAAGGUUUCCUGAUGACCCUUUUCCACUCUGGAUUCAGCAGUCUUGUAAUGGAUUACUUCUGUGUUGUAGCUCUGAGAAACGUAGAAGUUAUCCUAUACGUAGAUGCUCUGUGUAUAAUCCGACUACGAACUCUUAUACCAAACUUCCUAGACCAGGUGUUGUGAAUGAAGUUCCAAGAAUUGUGUGUGGAGUAUACUUGGCUUUUGAUCAUGCCAUGUAUCCCUUUUACAAAGUUGUUUGUGUUAGAGACUCGGAGUUGGCUGGCGAGCUUUUCCAGAUUGAGGUAUACUCGUCCGAGUCUGGUGCUUGGAGGGUUGAGGAGCCUGAAGAGAUUUUGUAUUUCAAUCUUGACAAAAAAACAUUUGGGACGAUCUUGUGGCCUGGUGCAGUGGAUGGCUCUGGCUAUCCCUAUGGGAGAAAUGUUGGUUAUUUUGGGGAGUCUUGUGAUCAUUUGCAUAUUAUUGUAAGUUAUGAUACUGAAACAGCGUUUGAUGUUUAUGAGAUGAAGAGGGAUUACUCGGAAUGGUUUGUGAAGUAUCGAGUUGAUAGGACUGUAGUGGCUGCUGCUUUUCCUCAGAUGCAUUAUGGGGAUUUCUCUGUGUUUGCUCUGGUUCGGGCCGAGGAGGAAUGUUGGUUCUUGCUUUUACGGACUCCUAGUAAGGUUGUACGUGUCAAUCUUGACUGCUAUACUUUUGAGGAGAUUUUUCAUUCUCGGGAUGCUUUGUUUAGACCUUCCUUACCGCAUGCUUUCGAAUACAUUGAAUCCCUUGCCUGUGUUUGA